UUGUGACUGGCUUUGCUUAAUUCGUCUCAAAAAGCAUGGAGAUAAGAUUAGAAGUUUUGACAUCAACAAGUAUCAAGCAGAAAAAACCCUGGCCCAGAGUUUCCUGGUUGGGUCAAGAGAAUGAAGCUGUUUUUCUUUUGGAUGAGAAAUUCAUAAAUGAGAUUAAUUUGCUGUCUGGGAGAACAAAGAAGAAAAUUCCUAGUCUGCAGCCUUUGAUGAAGGAUGUUUUUUUUCUGGCAACAUCCAGUAAUGAUGUGUGGCUGUCUGGGGUCCUCACUACAGGAGAGCUUUUCCUGUGGAACAAAGAUCAAGACUGUUUGAAAAUGAUACAGGUGACCGAAGAGCCUAAAGAAGUUAUUAAAGCUACAAUAGCAAGCUCUUCAAGGCUAUACUUAUAUGUAGCUGAAAAUGGGAAAAGAAUUCUGUUUAUUACAUCUUCUGGCUGCGUACUUCUGUGGGAAUAUUUGGAACUGAAGAAUAUCUUAUCUUCUAAAAGCCUUCCAUUGGUUGGUCAUUGGUUUCAAAUCAUACCUGAAGAAGCCGUUUUAUUGCCUUCCUCUAAAGAUAAAGAAGCUGUAGUGGAUGCUGUUUUUGUCAAAAAUGAGUUACUUGGCGACUGCUGCCUGUGUUCUUUUACUUUUUAUUCUGGAGGAUGCUUGAAGUUAACAUUUCUGGCCAUUCAGUGGUACGAGAAUGUAUUUACAUCUGUAAGGUCACUGCCGUUCCAUGUUCACUGGGCACAACAGGAAUGUCUUCUGUGCAGUCUGACUCCCAAGUGUGAGUCAGUGAAGUCAAGAGGAGCUCUGAUCUCGGCCUUCUCAAGAGAUGGCCUUGCCCUGGCGGUAACUCUUAAUCAGAAAGACCCAAAGGCAACUCAGGUAUUAUUUAUAAACACACUGAAUUUUGUUACUCUCUGUGGUGAUCUUAAAGGAUGUAGUAACAAGAAUCCUGUGGUCCCAGCUACACUUACCAGGUCAUAUUGGGUAGGUGACAUCAGCUGGACACAUGACAGUCUUUUUCUGGCUUGUGUGUUAAAACGUGGUUCCCUGGUUUUAUUGACCUGCUUAGGUGAAUUGCUAACAUUAGUUACACUUGGAUGCUCUAUAGAAUUUGGGCCAGCUGAGUUUAUUCCUCUUCAUCCACUAAUAACAUAUAGACCACAGCAGUUUACAUUUCAAGAUUCAAGUAAUUCUGUAGAUUCAUCAGCUUCUGACAGUGACCCUCUGAGACAGAGGUUUUCUAUAAAAGCACACUCACGGCUACCCUACCUCAUUAUUUCUGAUGGAUACAUGGUUACGACCCUUCGAUUUCUUGAUGACCAGUCUCCAACAGCGCUCAUGAGGUCAUUGCUAAUUGAUUCAACCCAGAGGCUUGAGAAAGCAUACCAAAGUAUGAUGCUAUCUAAGCCAAAGUACAAAGGGCUGAACUUGCGAUCACUGGAUUCCUUAAGGUCUAGCCUGUUAAAGCGUCAAGGAAAGGAGGGUUCAGUACAUGACAGUGUCCCCAGAUUUCUGCAGGCAGAGGAAACAAUGAAGUUAAGUGAAACUACAGAUGUUCAGGAUUCUGAAGGAGAAGAAGCUAAUGAAGUUGAACAAUUUCCAAACAACUCAUUUCCUUUUUGUAACCAAAGAAAAGAUCUACAGUUUAGCAUUAUCAAGGAAGGGAGAUUGGAAUUUGCAUCUAUGUUUGAUACAGUUCAUGCAAAGGAUGAUUCCAAGGAUACAGACAGAACCACGGCAGAACUACAUUGUAUCCAGAAAAAACUACUUGCAGCUUGGACUAUAGGAAUUUCGAAAAAUGUAACAGAAAAAAACUUGAUGUUAAAUUACACAGUACUUUGCAUCACUCAUUUUUUCUAUGUUCUUCAGUUUAUAAAAUGUCCUUUGCCGAAGUUUGACCUGUUUUUAAAUGAGAGUCUGAAGCAUAAUGCAUGGGUCCUUUGUGUCUUUCAACUGUUCCAUCAGUGUCUAUCAGUCCACUAUUGGGAUAUGAGAUACAGACAAGAUAUGGGCCAUUUGAUAAAGCUGACCUCAAAUACUGUAAAGCUUUUUCUGACUCAGCAACAAAAAAAUGGGUUCUUCUCAGAGAAGCUUUUAGCCUGUCUUUCUUUACUCCGAAUGGUUGCUGACCAUUUAGAUGGCAUUUGCAGUCUUCACCCUGAGGCUGUUUCAGCAUCAGCUGAUGGGAGGAGAGCAGCUGAGCUGGACUCACUCAUGGUCCAUAUUUUUCCAGCUUCCAAGGAAGGUUGGUCCUGGGACUCAUUUUUGAAGAUUUGUCCUCAAGUCACAAAUCUUGUUCAAAAGCCAGGCCACAGAUUGAUUGCUCUUUGGAGACUAUUGUACAAAAAAACUUUAUGGUAUCAAGCACAGUUAAGCCGAAGAAUUCCUGACAGUGACAGACAGUUAACUGAAAACAUACCACAUGAAGUAUCUUUUGUCAAGACACUGUUAUGUCAUCUACAGAGUAACUUGCAGAUGGCUGGGGAUAGCUUGACUCAAGCCUUAGAACUUACACCUAUCAAUGGUGAAGAGUGCUUUCUGUUAGGAUCAUAUGAAAAAUCAGUUCACCUGUGGGAGAAGGCUCUACAAGAGACCCAAGAGAAAGGAGGAAGACGUACAUGCUUUCUUCAGUUACGGUACUAUCUCUCGCUCUUGUACUGCCACCUCUACUGCUAUAAUUUGAACGAUGCUCAAGGAUUAUGUGAUCACCUAGUAAGAGAGAUACUCAGCUGGUCCCAGUUACCUGUAAAAGGAAGUAAAGAUUGCUCAGAUUCUGAGAAGUCUCAUUGUGAGUUUGCAGUGACUGGAAAUGUACACCCUGAGGCAGCAGUCAGAGUUGUCCAGUGCAUGGCCCGUUUCAUGGCUGCCUACUUCACCAAUGAACCACUCUGCAUUCUGCCACCUCACAGUGUGAAUGUCCUUCCACCACUUCAUCUUAAAACAGAGCAUUCCCUACGACUUAUUCCUCUACAACAUUCUAAGGUGGCCAGUUUUGUUAGAGAUCAGAAUCUUUCAAAUGUUUGGACAGUUGAAUAUGCCCUCGAAUUAUUAUUUAUUGGUGGCCUGAUUCCAGAGGCUGUGUGGUUGGCACAUAAACUUGGAGACUGGAAGACAUCUAUUUCCAUAGGCGUGGCCUUCCAGGUUUUCUGUAAGCAUGAUCGCAAUUUUGUGAGGUCCAAGAAAAAGGGUAUGGACCUACCAUUAAAUAUGAUACCAGCACAGAUUUUCCAGGAAAAACUACAGUGUUUUUUAGGUCAGCCAGUCUCUUUGGAAGCAAAAAAUGAAAAGGGAUCAAAAUAUAAGCAAUUUACAGAUCCCAUUGAAGAAGAAGAUGCUAAUCUGCUGUUUGGGUCUGUGCAAGAAGUGCUGAAAGCGUCCGUCAUGGCUGAUGCAGAUAUUGUUUCGGAGACACUGCAGCUAUUGAUGAACUCUGCCAAGGACUUCAGUAAGAAGCUGUGGGGCUUGGUACCUGUCGAUUUGUAUCUUCCAGCACCUCCGUUGUAUUGUCCCCAGCCUGCUGUUCUUAGUGAAGAACAUGGUGACAAUCUUCUUCUAAAAGCUGAAAAAGAUAACCGCCAAAAGCUGUCUGGAAUCCUGCAGAGAGUGCUCUUGCUUUUCCGGGCAGCUCGAUGUUCUUUUGCUGUAGCUCAGUGGUACAUCUUGCAGCUGAGGUGGGCAAGAAAAGUCAUGCAGAAGAUUCGAGUGAAAGGGUCCCUUCCUUCGCUUAGUUCUUUCCCUGAAUCCUUACUUAAUUACUGUAAAGGAGGGAUAGCAUUCAUUAGACCUGGAGCGGCUGGAGACCACAAGCUUGAUGAAGUUUCCAUCAAAGCACUAGGUUGCUUUAGAGAACUUUGUGCUUUGUGCUGGAUGCUGCAUAUCCGGGAUAAAUUAUCAUAUAGUUGUAGGCAGUAUCAGAAGGCAAGAGAAAAUGUGAAGGUGGAAAAGGACCACGGAGUGGAAUUUGAUUCUUGUGUGGUUGAGCACUGUUUUCAUGCACUGGAGUGGGCCUAUAGAAUGCUACCAUUCUCUCGAUUUUUUAAUAUGGAAGAACUUAUUCAGGAUAUAAUUUUGAGCCUUAUUGGAGAACUGCCACCAAUCAGGAAGGUAGCAGAAAUUUUUGUGAAAGCAUUUCCCAAUCCUGAGGCCAUAAGGGUUCCUUUAAGAGAAAAGUACCACUCUCUUCAACAGAAACUCAGACAUGGGGUUGUGAAAGGUCCACAGACUGAAGAACUGAUGUCGGUGGUCAUGCGUUCUGUCCAUAAAGUGAGGUUAAAAGCCCUGAAACGUGUGCAGAGGAACAUAGGUGCUUCUGAGAUGAAUGUCUGGGAACCAGAUGAAGAGGAAAAACCAGAUGCUGCUCCCGCCUCUGACAGGCUGUCCCUAGGGACUAGUUUGAGCAGAAGUACACUCACAGAGCUGGGCAGUUCCCUGGCACACAGUGAUGCAGACACAUUCUCUGAAACCUUGUCUUCUGAAGAAAAAUCUUGGAUACACUUCUAUCAAAGACGUGCCCCAAGUCAUAUGGAAUUAACACUGGUUGGUAAGCCCAGUGAUAAAAAGAAAACAUGCAAUCAGAAAGAGAGCUCCCCGAGGAAAGAAGAUCAGGACACGUUAGGGAAAAAAGCACUUCCUACAGUUGGUGUUUGGGAAUUUGAGCGUGAUGAUGAUGAAUAUAUUAAUUUCCUUGAGCUUUUCUUGAGCUAUGUUCUUGAAAGGGACCUUUGUUCCAGUGAUCCUGGCAUUCCAUUUCUGACAAGUUUUUCUGGGCACCUCAGAGAACAUGAACUUAAUUCUUUACUUUUUGAUGUGCAUACAACAUUAAAACGACGCCAGAGCAAAGCCAGAAGUGAGAAUGUGUAUAGAGCUGGGUCUUGCUUUGCUGUCAUUCCUGAGUCACAUGAAUGUGAACAACUCUUCUCUCUAAACAGCAUGUGUGCCCAAAAUGUAGAAAGCCAGGUGGUUUCAGCUCCAGAUCUAGUUAACCAGUCAGCAAGCACUUCCAAGAACCUUCUACCUGAAAUCACAAAAAAUGAAAGAAAGGCAGGAUUGUUUGGCUUAAAACAAAAGCCAAUUUAUAGAAGUCAGGAUGACAAAAGAGAGAAACCUCUAAUGCAGAGACCAUCAAACCAGUGCUUUUGGAUUCCCAAGUCCAUUCAGCCUGGAGGAUACCGUUUCCGAGCAGUUGAGUGCAGUGCUGCCAGCCCACAGGAAGAUCUUCCUCUGGCACUUGGGAACAGGUUCGGACACAUUGGGAGGCUGGUGGAGUGGAUGGUACGGUGGUCUGACCGAAGACUCCUCUGUGACUCUGGAGUCCCUCAGCCGUCCUGUACAUAUAGUCCAGUCCUUCGUGUAAAGACCUCGGCAGCUGCCAUUCUUACCUCUCUGUGGCUUCUGGCUCAACCCUACUGUGCUGCAUAUAGGACAAAAAACAGCAUUAUUAAGGUGCUAGAGAAUCAUUGCCCUGAGUCUCAAGUGGAAGCCAAGGAAAACAAUGCUGAUGUCGACUCCACAGUUGCAGUAGCAGUUCAGGCUGGAGCUGAGGAGAGAAAUGACCAGAAUGAAUGUUGUCAGAGCAUCUGGAACAUAAUGCCAGCUGAAACAGGAAAUCCUGAAGUGAAAGAAAUUGAUGUUGAGAUUGUUCCUACCACUCAUAAGGCUGAGAAAGGAUGUGUAGAUGUUGACGAGAAUCAUUCAGAAGAAGAAACAUUUACACGGGAUGAAAAGGAUAUGCACAUCUCAGACUGUGAAGAAGAACCUGCUGGGCAUCUCAGAGAUUCCAGUGCUGCCAUCUGCAUGCCAGUGUCAAAGCUCUUACUAGAGCAUUCCAUAGAAGAGAUUCAAUGUCCCAGGCAAGAACCAUUGGUGAUGACUGUGGAUACAAAACUGACAGAACAGAAAGGUAUGAUCGAACCCUUGUCAAAUUCUGAAUGUACCAUUUCUCAUUCACCUUGUAUAAAUGCAAAUUCAGAAACUUCUAGCGCACAGAUUUCUGAACUUGAUAAAUCUUCCUCAGUCCCACCUCUCAUGUCAGGUGGAGCCCAUGUUACUUCACCGACACCUCAGCAGACUCAGAGAAAUGAACAUCACGCUCCGUUUCCAGACUCUUGUGAUUCUGUUCGGCAGAUGCUCCAAGAAGAGAUGUUUAAAUUAGUUCAGCUGCAGCAGAUCAAUUUCCUGAGCCUAAUGCAAAUAGUAGGGCCAUCUGUUGCUAAUCUCCCAGACAUGCAUCGACUUCUUCAGCAGCUUCAGCCUGUGCAUUCUGAGGAAAGCCAAGCACCAAAACCUACAAGGAGUGGUUGUACUGAAGUCAAUAGCAGACAGAGAUUGUUUGCUAAGCCAGAGUCCAUGCGAGAGUGCAGCAGGAAGCCUGGCAAGAACAACAGCCCACUGCCCCGUGGAGGAAUCAGUCAGCCUGAUCAAGACAGUAAUGGAAACACACAGGAUAUCCCACGUGGGAGUAUUCCUUUGUGUCAUUUAGUUGGUCAGCCUAAGAUGCGAGGUCAAACUGGAGCAUCUCAAAACUUGCCACCCACUUCAUGUUCCCAUGCUCCUGCUGGCGAUACUGGCCUCCAGCUUCUGUUCCCACCUGCUGCUGUCCAGAAGGCUCCUCAGCUGAUCCCACCUGCCAGAACAAUCACUCCUGGGAGUGGUUUUCCUUUGCUUCAUUUUCAGCCCAAGCAUGAAUUCAAGCCCCUUUCCUUACCUCCAGGAAGAAUUCCAGAAGUUCCUUUCAGACCUAAGGCCCAACCAAAAGAGGCAUGGGGAUUACCUGAUUCUUGCCAACCUCCUCUGUCUCAGAGGAUAGUCUAUACUUCAUGUUAUUCAGACUCAAGCCACUGUAAUGCUGAAGCCCUGAAGAAGGCAGAUGCUGUGCUCAGAGAUACCCCUAAGCAUGUGAACUUGAAUCAAUAUGUUGGACAACAAUGCUUGGCACCUCAGCAGGAUUCUUCAGUAUUUAUAAAGCCAGAAAGUGUGUUUGGUGUCAAACCAGGGCCCCCUGAGGCAGCUCUUCAGAAUUCUGUUGGGCUUCCUUUACUACACCUGCAAUUGAAGCCUCCUUACAUGUUCUCAUCACCAUCGAGAGCAGCAAGUAGAUUGCCUUCAGUACCUCUCCAGUCUGACACAGAAGGAAGGAAAUGUCCACAGCUAUCAUUACUUCAUUCUCUGCCCCCAGAAAAUAUGUACAAGAAGCCCCAGCUUAUCCCACCUGAAACCCUCAUGGCCUUUAAAAGACACCAAGAAAAACGAGCACAUGAUGUAUUUGAACAUGGUGAUUCUGGUCAUCUUCAGCUUCUAAAGGUCGAUGUGGAACCAUCUAAAAUAACACAAGGAAAGAAGAGGCAAAGCAGGCGAGCUGAAAGAGAGCUACAAGAAGAAAGAGCUCAGAAGCCAAGCAGAAAACCAAGUGUUAGUUUCCGACCAGAGGCCUCCUGCAUUAGUAAUGGGCCAGAAGUCAUCGUGGAGCCCAAGGAACAAAUAGGACAUUGUGAUUCUCGGCCUUUGGAAAAAUUUGACAUUCCUUUUGAAAUGUUAGAAGAUGAUGUUAAUACCUCGGCUGGACUGCACUUCAUGGCAUCUGUACGAAAGAAAGCUGUGGGAAGUCAGGAUGCAAGUACAAACACAGAGCCAGAUAAGGAAGGUACUUCCCAAGAACUUGAUUCUGAAAGUGGUAAAAAUCAACAAGUCAUUUCUGCUACCUCAGGUCAUGAACCUUUGACUGCUCCUCAACUCUUGAUUCCAGAUAUAUAUCUAAAUGUCAAAGUUCCCACUGGAGUAUCAGAGAAGCCUUUAUCUCCUUCCCCACCUCAUUUGGCUAGCCAUGCUUACAUAGAUGUGAUUGACAUUGAAGCUGAUGAUCUGUUGGCAUUACCUGCUAGUGAAGAGCCUUCAGAUGAGAACGUUGCCAAGCACCCUCCAGAAGUCCCAUCAUCUGCAGAGAUGCAUUGUAUGGCAGCUUCCAUUGUUAAUGCCAUACCUCCUCAUGCUUUUGAGAAUCAAGAGUCUGCAAGUUCUGAUCUGGGUUUAAUUUCGGAACCUGCAGAAGUGUCUCAGCCCUGUCUGGAUGGGAAGAGCUGGAGAGCAAGCACUGUGGAAGUGAAGGAGCCUGGGAUUCCCUCAGUAAUGCCACCCCAUAGGCAGCAGGACAGAGAUCUGCUAGAACCAAACUUCCAGUUCAAGGAAAAGAACACAAAAUUGGAUUCUGGGGGACAGUCUCUGCUUUGGACACUGCUACAAGAUGUCCAUACUGUUUGUCCCACUCCAAGCCCUGCUGCUUGUCCCACUCCAAGCCCUGCUGCUCGGAAGUUAGAACAUCUUACUGCCAAGCUUCAGAAGAUGGAUGAGCAGCUGUUAACAGUGCAGACCAUUGCAGAGAAUAUAGAGCAGGACUUCCCUGCACCAGAAGUGCUGAAUCUACACUGGGAAAAAGCUCGACUGGUAGAUCAUGUUGAAUUGUCUUCUGGCCCUGAAAUUGAAAAACCAUUACCUUCAAAAGCCAUUAGCAUUUCUGAAGAAGUGUGCUUCCAGACUCAUGAGGACCUGGAAGAUCAGAACAGUACAGAGGAAGCUUCAGAGAUGGAGUGUUCAGUAACAGAAAAUCAUUCUAGCCAGAAAACGUGUGCAUGCCCUGCUGCGGGCUCAGCUGUCUGUUCUCCUGUGGACUGGAGUGUCACUUCUGCCGGUGUGAAUAACAAUAAUGAAUUAUUUGAAAGUGUUUCAGAAGAUCAACUCCAGGAGACGGGGUUAACUGAUAUUGCUGACAUUAUUGAUGACCUCAUAACCAAGAGCGGAGUUUCCAGUGAAGAGCUUGGCUUAACAGAAAAACAAGCUAGAAAUAUAGCCAGAAUUCAGCAUCCUUCUGGCAGAUGCCCCCAAAGAACAGAGAAGGAGAGAAGAGAGAUUAAAAUCUGGAUGAAAAGAAAGCGAAAAGAGAGAAUGGCAGAAUAUUUAAAUCAGCUGGCAGAAAAGAGGGGGCAGGAACAUGAUCCUUUCUGCCCCAGAAACAAUCCAUUUUACAUGACUUCAAGGCAGAUCAGGCAAAGGCAAAAGAUGAAACAUGAAAAAGAUAGAUUGCUUCUGUCUAAUCACUAUAGUCAGCGGAUCUCGCAAGCAUACUGUCUGAUGAAUGAACUGCUGUCUGACUCCGUACAGCUAACAGCGCCUUCAGUCCAACCCUUACCUAACAGAUCCCCCACCACUCAGCAUUACAGACAGCAACAUUGCUCUUCUCCAAGGAGAGAGAUUCUACAUGGGAAGAGUUUCCUAAUAAAUCGGCCUAGAGGAGGCAGACAUAUUCCCAGAUCGAGUCAUCUACAUAAGGGGAAACCAUUGGGGCAGCCCAAAGGUUCAUCUUGGCGGCAAGGUUCUAAUACUCCAUGUCAGAGCCUGCAGCAUAGGAACAGCUGUGGGGCUGUUGGGGUGGUUCCUCCAGUGAAGCAAAUGUGCACAGAGUAUGAGAGAGAAGAGACAGUAGUGAGUCCCUGGACUCUGCCAUCAGAGAUCCACAGGAUUCUUCAGGACAGGCCCAGGGCCUUUCUACAGGACAUGUCCCCAACUGAAGAGGAAGAUCCUGAGCCAUCUUUUUUGUUGGGUGGCAUGGACAGCGUAUCUGAGAGCACUGGCAGCAUCCUCAGUAAACUUGACUGGAGAGCCAUUGACGACAUGGUGGCCGGCGUGGAGGACAAGACCCUGUCCGUCCACUGGGCCUCAGACCAGUAGGGCCUGGGUAGCACUCUCUUUCCAGGCCCUGGCCAGCAUCCCACUGAUGUGGGUCUAAGGCUAGAUAUGAUGGGAAUUUACAACCUGCAGCCACAGGGUUCCAGGAUUAACCAUUGCAAGAGUGAAAAUAAACAUGUAUCAGUAUGGGGAAUAUUAAGGGUUGUUUAGAGAAAAGUAUGUUUUACAUGUGAUUCAUCUUUAGAUAUAAUUUAAGCAAUGUGUACAUGUAAAGUCAGGUUUUCACAAUAGUUAAAUUACUUUGAAUAA